AUGAACGGCUGUUCGAAGAACGGCGUGGACGACAAAGCGGAGGGCUGGGUCGUUUCUUCAGAGUCUUGUGGCUUCCUCUCUAUAGGCGCCCGCUAUGUCCGUGAAGUACUUCCCGGCGAGAUUGUGGAGAUGUCGCGUCAUGGCAUUCGUACGGUGGACGUAGUGGAACGGCCACCCGGCAAGCAACAGGCCUUUUGCAUCUUCGAGUACGUCUAUUUCGCUAGAGCAGACAGUAUGUUUGAAGGUCAGAUGGUGUAUUCCGCGCGGAUGCAGUGCGGGCGCAUGCUGGCGCGGGAGUCGCCGAUCGACGCCGACAUCGUGUCGUCCGUACCCGAGUCCGGUACAGCCGCGGCUCACGGCUAUGCGCGACAGUCUGGAAUCCCGUUCAUGGAAGUGCUCUGCAAGAACAGAUACGUGGGCCGUACUUUCAUCCAGCCGUCGACGCGUCUGCGGCAGCUUGGCGUCGCCAAGAAGUUUGGCGCACUGUCCGAGAAUGUCCGCGGGAAGAGGAUAGUACUCAUCGACGACUCCAUCGUGAGAGGCAACACUAUUGGACCCAUCAUUAAAUUGCUCAGAGACGCUGGGGCGGCGGAGGUUCACAUUAGAAUAGCGUCUCCUCCCCUCAAGUACCCGUGCUACAUGGGCAUCAACAUUCCCACUCGUGAGGAACUCAUCGCAAACAAGAUGGACACCUACAAACUCGCUAAGCAUGUUGGUGCGGACAGUCUCGAAUACUUAAGUGUAGAGGGAUUAGUGAGCGCAGUGCAUUACAACAUGAAGUCGACGCCGAGCGAUGGGGUGGGGGGACAUUGCACCGCCUGUCUCACCGGGGAUUAUCCCGGCGGUGUGCCAGAAGAUAAUAUGGACUGGUGA